CCGGCGCCAUGUUGGAGGUGUCGUUGGGCGGGAACUUCUCCCACAGCGCCUUCGUGUUCAGAGGUUUCCCUGAGCUGCAGAAACACCGCCGGCUGCUGGCGCUUCCGUUCUCCGCCUCCUACUUGUCGGUGCUGCUGGGAAACUCUCUGCUGGUGUAUGUGAUCCACAGCGUGGGGAGUCUGCACAGCCCCAUGUACCUCCUCAUCUGCACACUCUGCGUCGUUGACAUCCUCACGGUGACCGCCAUCAUCCCCAACCUGCUCUUCAGCCUCCUGUUCGACUGGGACGAGAUCUCGUUGGCUGGCUGCUUGACUCAGAUGUUCUUCACUCACUUCCUGUCCUCGUUGGAGUCGACCUUGCUGCUGGCGAUGGCGCUCGACCGCUACGUGUCCAUCUGCCAUCCGCUGCGCUACACUGAAAUCAUGGACUCCUCCAUGGUCGUGAAGCUGCUGCUCUUCACUCUGGUCCGCAGCGGCUCCAUCAUGGCGACGCUGGUGGGUUUGGCAGGUUCGCUGCAGUUCUGCGGCACCAACGUGAUCCAGCACUGCUACUGUGACCACAUGGCGCUGGUCAGCCUGGCGUGCGGCAGUACGGAUAAAGACAGAGUGGCGGGCCUCGCUGUGAUCAUAUGCUUUGUGGGUGUGGACGUGACGCUCAUCUUCUUCUCCUACAUGAAGAUCCUGAGCGUCGUAUUGCGAGCGACGGCGGCCGGGGAGGACCGCUGGAAGGCGUUUCACACCUGCGGCACUCACCUGAUCGUCAUGAUGUGUUUCUACCUGGUGGGUACCGUCACCUUCCUCUCUAACAACGUGAACAUCCACAUACCGACGGACGCCAACACCUUCAUGGGGCUCAUGUACAUUCUGUUCCCAGCGACAGUCAACCCCAUCAUCUACGGCGUUCGAACUAAAGAAAUUCAACACGGCUUUUUUAGGAUUUUUAAACUCAGACUGAAGACUACGACGAUGAAGGUAAAAGUUUCUCCUGCUGGAAAAGGAUCCUUCUGACAAAGUCGUCUGUUCCAAGUUUCAAACAUUCAUGUGAGUCUCUGAUCUGUUUGUGGUUUUGUCAACAUGGGACACGUUUUCUCUAAAAUGACCUCACAUUUACUUAAAACUCCUUAUUUAAAAGGCUCCUCGUCGUUAAAACACAUUUAAAGUAAAAUAAUUAGUCAUGAAUCAUUUCAGUGUCUCUUGCAUGCCACAGAAUCUUUAUUUUUUUACGUAUGAUAUCCAGAAUACUUUGUGUUUUUGAGUUAUCUUACUGGCUGUACACUAUACCAAGUAAGUACCCUUAAAAAGAAUUCAUCGUGGUCCUCACUACAUGCUGAUGCUCUGUUAAUGUGUAUAAAUCUACUUUUGAAACAUUUCAUGUAGCUCAUAACCUCACCUUGGUGAAGACUCGUU